AUCAUUACCCCCAAACGGUCCUUCCAAAAUUCACCCUAUUUAUCCUCAUCACAACCGCACUCUCUCUCUCUCUCUCUAAAAACCUUCCAUAUCUCCUCUCUCUCUAUAAUGGACACCGCACCCUCAACAGUCCAGCAAGUAACCAAGGCCUCCUCAGAUGAAUUACUCAGAAAAUUCGCCCAAAUAGGGGAUACGAAACGCCGCCGUAAGAGAACCUGGCCGGCCGCCGGAGUAAUCGACGAUCAGUCUGCCGGUUUGGAGGGGAAAUCACUCCUUCCUCCGGCCGUGGAUCGGAGAUCAGCGGCUUUGAUUCGGAGGCUGGGCAUGGGAAGGUCGCGGCUUAGGGCUCGGGGUUUCAAGAACAGAUCAGUUUUGGGAACAAUUGAGAAGACAUGGCGUAAUACUGUUGAAGGGGCUUCAAAGGUUUUCUUGGAGAAGCAUCGCAACCGGCACAAGCGCUUGAUAAAUGAAAUUGGUUAGACCUAGUGAAAGUUUUAUCUGACCUCAGUGAAAAGGGAGAGAAGGCAUUUUACAGUAGAAUCUAACUUGUGUUACUGGCAUUAUAUAAUGUUGUUUGUCACCAGUGAAAUAAUUGGUUAUUCAUCAGGUAAUAAAAGUUAUGGUUUGCCCUUGUUGUCUUUCAUGGCAUCUGUGUGAUUUAGGUAUGGUAGGCCUAAUUUGAGCCACUACUUUUAUAAGAACCUAGUUGUAUUAUCAGAAAGGUACUCAAAUUUUUCCUAUGGCAUUCAUUGCUUUCUUCCUUCUCUUA